CGCGCCGGCAUGACGUCAUUCGUGCGGGCGGCAUCGACAAAGAGGGAAAGUAUGGUCGCCUUCGGUUUAACGGUCAUCCGGCAUGACGUGCAUCCCUGCGAUCAAGUCAGGGUUAAGGAGUCAUUGGUAGAUCCCUGGAGCGAUGCCUGGGCCUCAAGAGAGGGCAGGGAACAUGCGCCAGUGCCUCUUCGUUACACAUGGACAAACGAGAUACAACAAAGAGAAGAUAAUGCAAGGUCAGGGUUUGGAUGAGCCUCUCACAGACACUGGGUUCAAGCAAGCCAAUGCAGCUGGGAUGUAUCUCCGUCAUAUCAGAUUUACUCACGUCUUCACCAGUGACCUGAUUCGGGCAAAGCAGACCACGGCUUCAAUUCUUAUGAAUAGCCAGCACUGCAGAGAGAUUCCUGUAAAAUGUGAUGCCCGCCUUCGAGAACGGAAAUACGGAGUAGCGGAAGGGAGGCCUCUCAGCGAUCUUAAGGCCAUGGCCAAGGAAGCUGGGGAGCCAUAUCUCUCUUUUACCCCUCCUGGAGGAGAAACCCUGGAUGAAGUGAAAGCCCGCGUCAAGGAUUUCUUCGGAUACCUUUGCAAUCUGGUUGCCCAGGAGGCAUGUCUAGAAAAACAAGUUUCGCCGGGCGCAGAAGCAAAUACAGAAAUGGCAGAAGGAAGUCCUGCCACUUCGUUGCCAAACCACCACGGUGGACCGGAUUCUAAUUCCGAAGGAGUUGCGUCAGGACUGGCAGCCAACAUCCUAGUUGUGAGUCAUGGGGCAUACAUGAGAAACUGGAUUGGCUAUUUCAUUUCAGACCUGCAGUGUAGUUUGCCAGCCACGGUGACAAAGGCCGAUUUGUCCUCGGUUACUCCCAAUACUGGGAUUAGCCGCUUCAUUGUAAAACUGGAAAUGAGGGAUAGCCUCCUUCCGCCUCAGAUCCGCUGCCUUUUUCUCAAUAGAAGCGAUCACUUACGUGACAUGAGUGACAGCUGAGCGCACGCAGCUGUACAACGUUUAACCCAGAAGGAAAUUAUUUAUGCCCCGCGUGGAAUCGCAUUAUUGCCUUUUUUUUUUUUCCAAUUAUGUUUGAAAACGUAGCAUGUCGGAAAGAAUUUUUCCGCUAAGGAAUUUAAACUUUUGUUUUGCUUCUCCGUCUUUCUUGACCCUUGUUGAAGGAAAAAAAAAAAAAAAAAGAACACAGCAUUGGCUGGUGGAAAAGGUGAUAUUCUGGAGAAGUUUCUGGAACCGAUUGCUGUUGUAAACGCUUUCCUGGAGCCAUUAAGGAAAGGGCAGAAUUUGAAUAAUACUGCAGUAUAAAUUAACAGGUGAAUCUUACGAUCAGUGUUCCCCCAGCCUUUCCGCCUCUAUGGACCGGCGCUGAAACAGUGGCAGCAGCAGUGUGGGGAGGAGAGGGGAUGGUUUGGGGCGUGCAUGUGCCGCUUUCGCAAAUGCAGCUGUGCGCAAAACUAUCCCCUCUUCCCCCCUACCAUUGUUUCCACCGGUCCAGAAAGGUUGGGGUUUUUACAAAUGCAGUUGUGCGCAUGACCGCACACAUGUAUUCGCCCACCCCUUCCGCGGCCUGGUUCCAAACGGGCCACGGACCACCACCAAGCCGUGGACCGGGAGUUGGGAGGCCCCUGUUUUAGACGAUUUAAUCAGGAUCAGACCGUGAGUGAGAGCGUAAUCUAGCUUCCCUUUUUAAGAGCAGGCCUCUAAAAGAGUGGAAUCCCUCUGCUGGAUGGAAUGUAGUAUGGGAUGAUCCCAGCAGAAAGUUUAGACACAGAGUAACUCUGCCUAAGAAACAAACAAAAAAAAUUCCCUAUCUUUUGUUUUAAUAGUUUUAAAUAAUUUGGACAACUUAGCAUCCUUUAGCUCUGUAGAGAUUCUCAGUCAUCCAGGUUGUGGUUGUCCCAAAGGUGCUUUUUUCAGGAGGCAACUGGACUUUCUUGUCCUUUCUUUUGAAGACAUUUCGCUUCUCAUCCAAGAAGCUUCUCCAGUUCUGACUGGAUGGUGGAGAACGGAAGGAAUUUAUAUUCCUUGCAGACAGCUGGUCAUUUGCAUCCUUUUAAAGGGCCCUUGGAGCACCUGGAGAUUUAUUUGUGUCCUCCAAGUGGUGUCAACAACUCUAAAAGGAUGCAAAUGACCAGCUGUCUGGAAGUAAUAUAAAUCCUUCCAUUCCCCACGGUCCUGUCGGAGCUGAAGAAGAUUCUUGGAUGAGAAGUAAAACUUCAAAGAAAAAGGCAAGGCAGUCCAGUUGCCUCCUGAAAAAAAGCACCUUUAGAAUCCCUUAGUAACUGUUUUAAUACCAAAAAAACCAGAAAACAAAACCAGAUCUGAUCCUGCAGAAAACUCCUGUCCCAGUCCAAUUGUGUGCUGUCCAGUGAUGAAAUCCCCCGCGGGUUGCCACUAGUUUGCUGCCUAUGCAUGCACGGUGUGUGGCAAACGCGUGCUGCAUGCAAGGGCAGUGCACACCAAAUGCACGUUGCGCACGUGCAUGCACAGUGCAUGCCAAACGCACAGAAUGCGCAGUGCGCACCAAACGCAACAACGAGGGGGGAAAACAGCUGUGCCGCAUGAUUUAGAUUUGCUAGAAAGCAGGAUUUCCUUACAUUAGCGAAUGUAAAUCGCGCGGCACAGCUGAUCGUCGGAAAUACCGGUUCACGUGAACCGGUAGCUUUUUUUUUUUUUAACUACCGGUUUGCCCAAACUGGUAGCUUUUGUUACUACCAGUUCACGCGAACCGGUAGCAUUUCACUCCUGCUGUUGUCCUAACAGGAUUCAAGCUUGCUUUAGGAGAAUUUGCACAAGGGAGCUCCCUAGUGGAAUUUGCCUUAUGAUUAUCCCUGGGAAUAAUCAUGCAAUAUAUAUAUAUUGAAAGAAAAUAUACACACACACACACAUAUAUAUAUAUAUUUAGUAGGACUAAAUUCAGCCAGAAAUCAUAUAUAUAUAUAUAUAUGAUUUUUCUUCUGGAAAAAAUAAAAAAUGCUACCGAGCCAAACCAUAUUUUUAUUGUAUAAGCAAGAUGAAGUUGGACCUUCCAUGUUAUUUUUGGCAACAUAUUCCAAAAACCAUCAGAGAAUUGAGGGGCUGGCGAUGGUUCUUAAACCCCUACUCUGUGGUCGCUACUGAGAAUUAAAAUAAUGGUGCACUGUUGUUGUUGUUGCUUUGUCACCUCGCGUUGGCCAGUAAAGCUGUCGCUCUAAUGUGAAUUAUUCCGAUGCAUUCUCAUACUUGUGGGCAUUAGACUUGGGUUGUUAUGAUUCUGUUCUGAGACCCAGUCCUUUAUUCAUGGAGGUAUGUUAGGACAUUUCUCUGUAACACGGAGACCAAACGCAUGAGUCUUUAUGCUGCAUACUAACGCUCAGAAAUUGGUUUAUGGCUACUAUGGUUUAGAUGUUCUUAUCCCCCACAUGCCAAAGACGAGGAAGACGUAAAACUUCACCGAGUUGUAUUUGUGGAAAGUGCAAUUAGGUCAGCCAAGUUCUUCUUCUACACUUCCUUUCCUGGAUGGCAUUAAAAGAGCCAGUGGCCUCACCUCUUUGGAAGAAAGGUCUUGAGAUAUGCCAGAAGGAGCAUCAUGCCUUGACAUUCAAAAUCUAGCUUUUCCUAGAUAGAAAUUCUAUACCUCCAGACAUCCUCGCCUUGCAUGCGCUGUUGACUCUUAAAUUUCAGAGAUGCAGGAACCGAGGUCUUGUCUUGUUUUUUUCCCCGAAUGUGUAUUUAAGACGCAUAAUUUUCCAUCAGUUGGUUUUCUUUGUGUUUGACCUCAAGCCCACGGCCCAAACAUUUAGCCCUUUGUUAAAUUAUCAACUGCUCCGUAUUUUAAUGUAUGCGAAACACUUGCCGUGUUUAUAUUUAUUGAACCUUCAGCCUGUUGUUUUUUGUUACUCCUUCUGAUAAUGUUACUUUCGAGAUCAUUAAAAUAUACACCUUUUAAGUGAACCGCACAGUCUGGUUUGUGGGGUUUUUUUUG